CCCUAGCUCUGCCCCUGCUUCCAGCACGUCCAGUCCUGGUCUCCUCCUGCCCCCACUAUCCUCUCAAAGGGCUCUCAGCUUUUCCACCAUACACACUUUCUAGUCCUUUAAAUCCUAGAGGCAAACUUUGGGGGAAUAAGGAAGGCUGGGAGGGGCCUAUGGCUUAACCCUCUCAAUCCGGGACAAGAAACCAAGACCAACUAAGCUGACUGGGCGUUGACUCUGCGCUCUCCUGGUAGGCUACCAUGGCCCCCGAGAGGGGCUGAAGCUUAGUUCCCGGUGCAGGUGAGAUCCCGCCCGGAGAAAGAAGAAAAAGGGCGCCAGCGAGGUAGCCUCCGAGGCCAGGAGGGACCACAGCUUGAGCCGGAACCCACUUGAGUCAGGACCACGAGAUGCCGGUGUUGAAGCAGCUGGGCCCCGCGCAGCCCAAGAAGCGACUGGAGCGCGGAGCACUCUCUAUCUCGGCGCCCCUUGGAGACUUCAGGCACACACUGCACGUGGGGCGCGGUGGCGACGCCUUCGGGGACACCUCGUUCCUGAGUCGCCACGGGGGCGGCCCGCCCCCCGAGCCCCGCGCGCCGCCAGUCGGCGCCCCACACUCCGUCCCUCCACCUGCAGUCCCACAGCCCCCUGCACCUGCUCUCCUCGUGCCUUCACCUGCGGACCCGCUGCUGUCCUUCCAUCUGGACCUGGGCCCCUCUAUGCUGGACGCAGUGCUAGGCGUCAUGGACGCGGAGCGCGCCCAGACAACCAAGCCCGUCGGGGACGCCCACCCUGGAAUGCAGCACCCGAAGGCCUGCUGCCGCUCCAACGCAGACCUCCCGCUGGACGAUGUCAUAGGCCUGUAGUGUCCUUAUUCCUGCAUUUCUCCCUCCCAACAUCCCACUUUUGUACACAUAAA